UGGUGGCACACAUGAAAAGCAGGAGAGGGAAGGCCCCAGGAGCCAAAGGAUGGAAUAACUAUAUACCAAAACCAAACAGAGUGAGCUUCCCUUCGUAAAGUGUAGGCAACAACCCCAAAAGUCCAGCUAUAUAAACACAGACCCCAAGGAGGACACCAUCAGCUCAAGUUAUAUUGUCAACCUCACCAGGGCUGUACUGCGGUAGCCAUGAAAGGAGGCACAGAAGUACCAAAGGCAUGCAUAUCCUUGGAUUAUCUGGAUUUGAAGAGGCCCGCAGGACCACUGCGCAGAGUUGUGCUCAGAGGCACCACCAAGAUGUCUCUCAAUGAGCGUUUUGCUCAAUUGCGGAAGAACAGACUGCCACAGCCGAUGGCGGGCAACGUCCGGGCCUCGAAGAGGCGGCAGCAGCAGCUGGGCAGUGCCAGAAACAGAAGACUGGCCCUGCAGAUGGAGAGGAGACCCUCUGUCCAGGCAGCGUUAAAUCCUAGGCAGGGCUUCGAGGGGCGCCCAGGUGAGAGGAGCAUCCAAGUCCGUUUAGGAGGUCCCGUGGGUGCCCUUGCCAGGGGAGCGAAAGGAGGAAGAGGCACAGCCAUCGCCGAGACAGAUGUGCCCCAAGGAGGAGGACUAGGUGGGGGACCUGCCUCCAGGGUCCCGCCCGGGGGCAGGAUGCCACCCCCAGGUCGGGCCGUGUUUGGUCGUGGAAGAGGGGCUUUUGGAGGCCGAGGACGUGGCGGUGGGCGGGGACGCGGCCGACGGAGAGGUGCCCUCGCUUGCCCGGGACUGACCAAGGAGCAGCUGGACGCCGAACUAGAUGCAUACAUGUCGCAAACCAAGGCGGCCCUGGAUGCUGAAUUGGAUGCCUACGUGGCAGAGGCGGCUCCUGAGACCUGUGACUGA